AUGCGACUCUUCAGCCUCGUCUGGCUGUCAAUCGUCACACUGGCGGCCCAAAGCCAGUCUCAGGAGGUCAACAAAACCUUCAACAACCCGAUCCUCCCGGGUUGGAACUCUGAUCCUAGCUGCACUUUUGUCAAGGAAUAUGAUAACACGUUCUUCUGUACUGUCUCCUCAUUUCUGGCUUUCCCGGGUGUUCCCGUAUACGCCAGCAAGGACUUGGUAAAUUGGAGACUUGCCAGCAAUGCUUUGACGCGACCAGAGCAAGUGCCGGAACUCUACCGGAACUCGGGACAGAAUGAGGGUAUUUGGGCGUCUACAAUCAGGUUCCGCAACGGAACGUUCUACCUCAUCACAUCGUACGUCUCUUGGUAUGAAGAGUGGGGCCCCAAGAUCUUACUCUUCACAACCACCGACCCAUACGAUGAUGCCUCGUGGACGGGCCCCCUUCGCGUCGAGAAUCCGGCAAACGAUAUUGACCCGGACAUCUUCUGGGACAACAACAAGGUGUACAUGUCGGUGGCUGCCGGUAUCUACAUUAGCGAAAUCGAUCUUUCGACGGGCGCGGCAAAGGAGCCUAUCAAAGUCUGGAACGGCACCGGGGACCGCAACCCCGAGGGGCCGCAUUUGUAUCGCAAAGAUGACUACUAUCAUCUGCUGAUUGGAGAGGGUGGAACGGAAACAAAUCACUCUGUAACGAUUGCUCGAGCGAAAGAGUUGGCAGGACCGUACGAAGGAGCUCCGCACAACCCUAUUCUAACGGCCAAGAAUACCGACUUGUAUUUUCAGACGGUGGGACACGCUGACCUCUUCCAAGACGCCUCCGGGAAUUGGUGGGGUGUCGCGCUGGCAACUAGUUCAGGUCCCGAGUGGGAAAUUUACCCGAUGGGGCGCGAGACUAUUCUCUUUGCCGUCAAAUGGGAUGAUGGGGGUUGGCCAGUACUUGACGAGGUACUUGGUGUAAUGGAUGGACCUUUGCCUCCCACGAACAGAGAUAUCCCCGGCAAUGGUCAUUGGAUAAACGAACCUGACGUUGUCGACUUUACGCCGGGCUCGGAGAUUCCCAGGCAUUUUAUCUUUUGGCGUCCACCAAAGACAGAUCUGUUCAGAGUCUCACCGGAGGGGCAUGCCAACACGCUGCAAAUAUCUCCUUCACCUGUCAACCUUUCAGCAACACCAGAAUUUAACCCAGAACAAGAUGGUCUCGGAUUCAUCGCACGCAAGCAGAGUGCUACGCUGUUCAACUACACCGUCGACGUCUCAUUCCAGCCAAAAGUUGAAAACGAGGAAGCCGGCAUUUCGGUCUUCUUGACCCAAUUCCAGCACAUAGAUUUAGGCAUUGUGAACUUACCAGCUUGCUCCAACCAGUCGCUUGUUCCGAAGUUCCGAUUCAAGGUCGAGGCCUCAGGAAAGCCCAACAUCACCGUUCCCGAGAUAGCUCUCGUGACAGUGCCCAAAGCCUGGAGAUCGGAGCCGAUAAAGCUCUCCGUAUCUGCUAUCAGCGACUCAAAGUAUGUUUUCGGCGCAGCUCCGGCUUCUCGCCCAGAAGAAUAUCUGGAAAUUGGAUCGGCGAAUGCGUUGAUCGUUUCUGGAGGCAGUGGCCCGUUCACCGGUAAGCCCCCUAACUCAUUCAACUUCGUGCUACUUGGCAACAUGUCAAAUGUGGACACAUCAAUCGGCGCGCGUACCACGGGUGCCGCAGCCGACUUCGCAGCAAAGCACUCGGAAGAGCACCCAUUGAAGCUCUACGGCGGCUGGUUCUGCCCCUUUGUCCAGCGAUCAUGGAUCGUCCUCCACGAAAAACAGAUUCCCCACCAGUACAUCGAGAUUAACCCGUACAAGAAGGAUCCCGAGUUCCUAAAGAUGAACCCUCGGGGGCUGGUCCCGACCUUGGCCGUUCCCGUGGAUGUGAAGGGCAACGAGCAACGACCGCUCUACGACAGCACUGUGGUUUCCGAGUACCUUGAGGAAGCAUAUGCCGGGAACAACUAUGGGCCGCACCUUCUCCCGGAGGCGGCGUAUGAUCGUGCGAGGUGCCGGUUGUGGAUCGAUCACAUCAACUCUCGCGUCGUGCCGGCAUUUUACAAAUUUAUUCAGCACACUCCAGAGAAGGAGUACAGCAUCGAAAAAGCACGUGAUGAGUUCUUGGGUCACAUCAAAACUUUGACUGCACAGAUGGAUUCCGAAGGUCCCUGGUUCUUGGGAAAGACAUUCAGUCUCGUGGACGUGAUGAUAGCCCCUUGGGCCAUGCGUCUGUUCCUAUUCGAUCAUUACAAGCCAGGAGGACUUGGGAUCCCCUCUGAAGGGGAAGGCGGCGAUGAUGAAGCGGUAUGGAAGAGGUGGAGGCAAUGGUACGAUGCUAUCAAAGAGAGGCAAAGCGUAAAGGAUACGCUAAGUGACGGUGAUGCCUAUAUUGAGGUGUACAAACGGUACGCUGAGGACAAGACCAACUCGGGGGUGGGACAGGCAACAAGAGGUGGAGGAAAGUUGCCUUGA